AUGAAGCUCUCAUACCAUUUAUCACUUGGAUGGAUCGCUGCACAAGUAGCGUACGGUUUCAAAUGCUCUGACAAUGAGAUUCUCAAGAAAUAUAGAGUUGACGAAUCCGCUAUCGCAUACUCCUCCCGCAGGGAUACACCACCCAGCACCACGGUUGAUAGCUGGUGGAUGGACCUUUGCCACGUAAAUGCGGAACUACCUUCCAGUGCAUGUCAACGAGGUGAUGUUCUGUGUGGGGAGACAAAGGUCAUCGUGAAGGAUAAUGACGACGAGAAAACAAUACUCACGCAGCUGAUUGACUUCCCAGAGUCUGUUUCAUCAGCGGUCAGUGAAAAUGAUAAACAAGAGCUUGUUGUGGAACUGAAGGAUGCAAAAUGGGGGUCAAACUCUGUUGAUGCUGCUCUGACGUUUAUCUGUGUUCCUGAGGCGGAUUCAAACGAGGUGACGUCGUUGACAUGGGAAGGUCGUAAAGUUCAAAUGCUUGUUAAAGGAAAGGCAGGUUGCCUGAAAAAGAGAGACGACAAAGAAGACGGGGGCGAUAGUAAUGGAGGUGGCAAUAACGGCGACAACGACGGCGACAAACACGGUAAGCCCGACAAAAAGAGAGGCUCCAGUAUUGGAUCAUGGUUUCUAUGGCUUGUGACCUACGCCCUGUUAUUUGCAUUGAUAUAUCUACUCGCUACAUCCUAUAUGAGCACUAGAGGUGGGAACUUCCGUGAGUUCCGCGAAGAGUUCGUUGACCGGUCAACAAGCUUAGCCUCAUCGUUACCACAGUUCACUAAGGAGAUCUUCAACAAGGUCGUUGGCCGUUCAUCUUCGUCCCAGAGGGGCGGCUACAGUGCUGUGUAA